AUGGCCUCAUCAGCGUCACUCUCCGCCGAGCGCCAGAGGUCAGGCAACCCAAUCGACCUCCUCGCCCCCUUCUCCACCUGCGACCUCUCCGACGCCCUCACGAAACUCUCUCUCCCUUCGCUUCUGCCAUCGCUCACUCUCCGCUCGCCCGACCCAACGAACCGCGUCGUUCAGGAGGCGCGCAUCUGCGGUCCGGCGUAUACUAUUCGCCUGGUCCACGCGAAAAAUACCACCUCCCCGCGUUUACCGCCCGGCACGCAUCACGUUGACACCAUCCCGGAUUACCAUGUGGUGGUGAUCAAAGAUGAGGAGGCGGCGACGGCGGUGAACGCGGUAUGGGGUGGUCUGAUGUCCUUGCGGGCAAGUGAGCUGGGGUGUGCAGGGGUGGUUGUGCAUGGGAGAAUACGGGAUUUGAGAGAGCAUUGGGACCUCGGGAUUAAACUUUGGGCUAUGGGGACUAGUACGAUUGGGAGUGGUGGGUUUUCGAGGGCUGCGAGUGUUGGUGAGAGGUUGACUUUUCUGGAUGGACGUCAGGUGAAUGGUGCACCACCGCAGCCGUCACUGGACCCAUAUUGCGUUGUGGUGGAGACUGGAGAUAUUAUUGUGGCGGAUGUAGACGGCGUAGUGGUGGUUCCUAUUGGUAGAGUGAGGGAGGUGGCAGAGGUGGCUCAGAAGAGCAAACAGGUGGAUGAACUGUGUAGGAGGGACAUUGAGAAUGGGAGGAGCAUCGCCAAGACGUUCAAAGAGCAUCGGGGGAAGUAA